AUGAGAACUCUGUUCGUAGUCUGUGCGGUUGCACUCAUCGGAGCUGUGGGGGGCGCCGUUGGGGACGCGGUGGCCGACACCACCGACGUCAAGUGGCAAAACCGGGUGGUGGUCGACAAGCAGGGCGCGCACUGCGUCGACGACCCGAACUGCUUCAACCGCUACCACCCGGACAUCCCCGCGGUGGUCCGCGCCAACCCCGGUGACAUGAUCAUCUACCACACGCGCGAUGCGCUGGAUUCCGAUCUCACGCUCGACUCCAAUGCCGACGAUCUGGCCGCGCUGGACCUCAAUCUCGUCCAUCCCAUGACCGGACCGGUGCACAUCGAGGGCGCCGAGCGCGGCGACGUGAUCGCCGUCACCCUGGUCGACAUCGAACCGGACGAAUACGGCUACACCGUCAUCGUGCCCGGCUUCGGCUUCCUGCGCGACAUCUACACCGAGCCCUAUCUGGUGAACUGGAAACUGAGCCGCACCCACGCCGUCUCCGACCAGAUGCCCGGCAUCAAGGUGCCCUACGAGGCCUUCAUGGGAUCGGUCGGCGUGAUGCCCGGCCAGCCGGAGGUCGAGACCUGGCUGGAGCGCGAAAGGCUGCUCGCCGAGGCCGGCGGCGUCGCCCUGCCGCCGCAGCCCAUCGGGGCUCUGCCCUCGGCAGUCUGCGGACCCGAAGGCCCGGCGCGCGAUCAGUGCCUGCGCACCGUUCCGCCGCGCGAGAACGGCGGCAACAUGGACGUGCAGCAGAUGCAGGUCGGCACCACCCUGCUGCUGCCCUGCUUCGUCGAUGGCUGCGGGCUCUUCGUCGGCGAUGUGCACUUUGCCCAGGGCGACGGCGAGGUGUCCGGCACGGCGAUCGAAACCGGCGCCGUGGUGACGCUGACGGUGGACAUCCGCAAGGGCCAGGGCGCGGUCAUCACGGGGCCCGAAGUCGAAGGCGGCACGCAGAUCAAGGACAUCGAGCCCUCCAAGUUCUACCAGACCAUCGGCCUGCCGCUGAAGGCCGCGGGCGAGGUCCCGCCGCCGCACACCUAUCUGGACAGCGAGAAGAUCGCCAACCUCACCAACCUUUCCGAGGACCUGACGUUGGCGGCCCGCGACGCGCUGAUCAAGAUGAUCGCCUACAUUCAGCGCGAGCACGGCCUGACGGCGGAGCAGGCCUACAUCCUGGCCAGCGUUGCGGUCGACCUGCGGAUCGGGCAGGUGGUCGACGUGCCGAACUAUGUCGUCACCGCCGUGCUGAACGAGGACUGGGUGGUCUACCGCAAGAAGCACCUGCUGAUCGGCUGCCACAGGGCCGAUCCCACGACCUACGAUCUGGCCAAGCGGGUGGUGGGGCUGCUGGACGAACACCUUCCGGCGGCGAAGUCGCGGGUCGCGCGUGCGCCCAACGCCGGGCGCCUGGCCAGCCUGCUGGCGACGGCGCAGAUGGACGUGGCAACCCUGGGCCCGGACGACGCCACGGCCAUGCUGGCCGGCAGCAACGGCUUUGCCGCCUACGGGCCCGUCGCCCUUCGCCUGUUGCUGCCGCUGGAGGAGCGGCUUCUGGUCGCCCGGGCCGAGUUUCCCGAACGGCAUGCCUGGCUGGUGGCCUCCGCCCUGGUCGGAACGGAACUGGUCCCCGCCGGCCAGGGCGCCGACGACCUGGGCGUGCCGUGGCAUCCCGGCGCCCGCGCCUUCCUGGAAGGCCGUGACGGAGCGGUAAAGCGCAAGGGCCGCGGGAUUGUCGGCCACCACCUGCAGGCAGGCGGCCCCGGCCCCCGCAGUUACAGCCCAGUUCAGGACCGCGCCGACGGUCUGGCGGCCAAAGCCGCGCUGGCGCCAGCGGGAAUCGGUCACGACCGCUUCGACCACGGCCAGGCCGUCGUGCACUACGCCAUAGGCCAGGGCGACCACCGCCCCUUCGUGGCGGGUGGCGGCGAAGAUGCGCGGCAGCAUGAUGGUGCGGACCAUCGUUUCGAAGACCGCGCUGUCGGCCGUAUCGGCGGGGCUCAGGGCUGCGCGGGCCUGCAGCCAGUCGCCGUCGGCCUCCGCGGUCAGGCGCGUCGCCGCGCUUUGCGGCUGCGGCCAUGCGGAGAGGCCGUUGAAGAGGGUCAGGGUCUCGCCCUCCGCCGUGUAGCCGCCGGCGGCCAGCGGCCCGUCCAUCGCUGCCGCGAUGGAGGGGACGCGAAACAGCGCCGCUUGAUCGAGCGCGGCGUAGGUGGCUUCGGCAGCAGCCAGGAUCGCGGCCGGAUCGCGCGGGCCGCCGCGCAGAGGGUUCACCGAAUUGGUCCGCCGGGUGGAACCGCCGGCGGCGCGCAGCAGCCAGCCGCUCAAAAGCAUCUGCCGCGGCGAAGGCCCUUCGUCCAGCAGCUCUGGGCAUCGGAUCCUUCCGGCGCGCCCUCCGGCAGCGGUCGCGAGGCGGUGCUGCCCUCCGUGUCCACCCAGCUGGUCAUUCGUCUGGGAGAACAGCCGCUGCGGAUCUUCCGCCAUCGUGACGACCUCGAAGGAUACACCGUGAGUACGGCGGUGAUCGGCGGCCCCCGCCUGGCGCCCUACGUGAAAGACGUCUCCCGGCCCGUCCCGACAGUCGGGGCUGCGCUGCGGCCGGGCGCGGCCGGGCUUCUGAUCGGCGCGUCCGCCGGCACCUUCGUAGGCCGGCACCUGCCGCUGGAGGAUGUCUGGGGCGCGGCGCCGGUGGCCGCCCUGCGCGCGGCGCUGUGGGAGGCCGGAUCGGCGGCGCAGCGGCUCGCCAUCUUCGAAGCCGCCCUCGUUGCGCGGCUGCCGAAGGUUACGGGACUCGAUCCGCUGAUCGCCCAGGCGCUGGCCGGGUUUGACGCCGGGGCGCCGGUCGGCGCCGUUGCGGCGGCGAGCGGGUACAGCCAUCGGGCCUUUACCAAGCGCUUUGCGGAAGCCGUCGGGUUGAAGCCGAAGACCUAUGCCAGGCUGCUGCGCUUCGGGCGUGCCCUGGGGCCCCUGGCAGAGGGCGCCAACUCGGCGGCGGCGUCAUCCCUGGCGGAUCUGGCGGCCUGGCAGGGCUAUGCCGACCAGGCCCACUUCGCCCGCGAGUUCCGUCACUUCUCCGGUCUGACGCCCGGCGGCUAUCGCCGUCUGGCGCCGCCCUUCGCCCGCCAUGUCGCGCUCUGA